AUGUCCCUACACACCCUCUUCGUACACGUCAGACCCAGCUGCUGCAAGGAGCCCCCCAGCCGGACCGGCCCCCAGAUGUCUCCUUCCGAUUUUCUGGACAAGCUCAUGGGGAGGACUUCAGGAUACGAUGCAAGAAUCAGACCCAAUUUCAAAGGCCCACCAGUGAAUGUCACCUGCAACAUAUUCAUCAACAGCUUUGGCUCCAUCACGGAAACUACAAUGGACUACAGACUGAAUGUGUUCCUUCGGCAAAAAUGGAACGACCCACGCCUGGCCUACAGUGAAUACCCAGACGACUCCCUGGACCUCGACCCCUCCAUGCUUGACUCAAUCUGGAAACCGGAUCUGUUCUUUGCUAACGAGAAAGGGGCUAAUUUCCACGAGGUCACCACCGAUAACAAGCUGCUGCGGAUCUUUCAAGACGGCAGUGUUCUUUACAGCAUCAGGUAA